UCAUGGUCAAUUAAUCUUUACCGAGCUCACUGUUUAGCAAGAAGCAGCUCUGCGGGCUAGUGGCGCCGUCGUAUAAGAGAAGAAAUGGGAGUGGCUGUACACCUGCCCGACCUGUUUGGGACACAUGAUCCACCAGGAAUUUUCCUACGGUCUUGUCCUCUGUUGAACAAACGCCUCUGAGUCACAAAAACGAUGUCGGCACCAACAAAUCCGGCGGCCACCACUUUUCCAGCUCCGACCAUCUCCUUACCUGUUGGACUUGACAUUUUGCGAACGUAUUCAGGGGCUCUGGUCUGCUUGGAAAUUCUCUUUGGAGGACUGGUAUGGAUUCUCGUGGCCUCCUCCAACGUUCCUGUCCCACUGUUACAAGGCUGGGUUAUGUUUGUGUCAGUUAGCAUGUUUGUCGGCUCCGCAGCGUACCUCGUUGUUUUUCUCCUGGGCUUCGCCGAUAGGAUCAACACUGAUUGGAAUUUCCUGGACGUGGUGUACCACUUCGUUGCACUACUGUUCUACUUCGCCGCCUUCGUUCUGGAAGCCGCAACGACAGCCGCAGCUGUCACCACGGCCAGCAUGAACCAAACCACUGUCUGCAUGACCCGGCCAACAGGCAACGUUUUCACCGUCCUGGACGUCCGUCAGUACAGUAUUAAUGUGGCGGCCACAGUGUUUGCGUUUGUGGUGACACUAUGCUACGCCUGCAGUAUGUUCAUGGGGUUCAAGAGAUGGAGAAUGCAUGGCUGACAGAAUAUUGUCUGAAAUGCGAGAACCAGUGGAAUCUGUGUUAUUAUUACAGAUAGAAGGGUAGCUGUACUGUACUGAACACAGAGUUCAAGUGGGAAACUGUUUCUAAUCAUUAGUUUUUAACCAUGAUUACCGUAAUUUAAAGAAAGUAUUCUAAAAUAGUUGUGAUUACAUUUUUAUAUUUGUAGCACUGAAUAUAUCUACAAUUUUAUACACUUUGAAUUAGAAUGUAUGCAGAGAAACAUAUAACGCAGAGCACAGCAUUUUGAUUGUGUGGAGACUGUAGUCCUACGUUGUGGGGAAAAGGGUUUUAACUCACAGCAAUGUGUUAUUUCGUGUAACCAACAUAUGUUGCUAUUACAUUUCGAGUGGUCUUAGCCAUCGUAUUUAUAAGGAUCUGACUGUCAGAAAGUUGGCCGACUGGUUGUAUGUGAUUAUGUUGCAUGGCCUUAGUGUUUCUGUUUGGGUGGUUAACAGAAUGAUGAUAUCAGAUUGUGUUUUGGUCAUGAAAUUACUAAUGGAAGAGUUUCUCCUUAAAUUAUUUGUGUGUACACCUUGUCAUUUCUCAAUGUGUUAAUACAGAUGUGUUUGAAGAUAAAAUAAGUUGAGUUUUCUUAAGCCCCUUUCAGACAUGCACUGCCACCCUGACCUUAUCUAGACAUUACCCGGAGGAGCUGUAUGUGAGAACGCAAAUUUCUGAAUCAGUUGGACUGGACAUUAAACGGACUUUACCCUGCCAGCUCCCUAGUACAAAGUCUGUGUAAUGUCCGAUUGAGUCCAUGUGUGAAUAGAGCAGGUCAUUGUCCGGAGAAUUCACAGUGUGUGAGUAGGCAUGUUAAUGACGUUUCUAUCAUGCAGAAGAAUACAAACAUCCGAGGAUGAAGAAUAAGGGUCAUUUACACGAAGAUUCGGGAACUUCUGUCGGUAAGGGCCGACAUUGAAAUCGUCAGAUUCAAGGAACGGCAAGAGACUCGGUUGUUUAUGACCAAAUUACAAACCGGCUACAUGACCGUGAUUUCUGCAGUGUACAUUUUGCGUCAUGUCCUGCCUCCUGCACGCUCUACCUAUUCGCCACCCCUCGCCUAAGAGAAGGUGAGGUGAGAACGCAUCUGACACGGACGAUCUCCUGUUGUGUGCUACAUGUGUGAAAGGGCAACUUCAAUGUCCGUACCUGAUUCUCUGGACAUUGUCCAGAGCUCAUAUGAGAAAACGGCUUUACUCAGUUGUUUGAACAUGCUUAUUUCAAGCAAGUUUACUGUAUUAUAGUUUAUUAUCACAAGUUUAAAGUUAGGAACUAGGAAUUGAUGUGUAUGAGGCAUGCACUGCUUUUGUAUCCAAAAUGACUAAUCUGCCCCCCCUUCCCUAAUUACAUUUAUAUAUUUAAUUGUGGAAGGAACGUGAACUCUGGACCAGAAUUACUAUUUACAAGGAGUUCAAUUAGGGUAAAGUGAUGCUGGUCUACAGUCUACCUCUCAGCAUUGGUUAUCGUACCAACAUGUUCAUUUAACUUCAUGAGCAAUCACUGUUCCCAGACUCCCUCAGGGAUGAACAAACGAAAUAAAGUUUUGAGCACACUUCAUGUCAUUAAAUGAAGCUUUAAAAAGAAUGCAUCUAAAAUGUCUAUAAUAAAACUUUAAG